UUCAUAAUAUGUUUAUUAUCUUUAAUCAUAUGAUUUUAUUUUUUUAAAGAAAGUAUAUAUUUUUUAAUUUUAUUUUCGGCCGGCAAAGCAAACGCGGGAAUUUAAGAGAAAUUACAACAAAGGCCACAAAUCAUGACGUUACGGGACCUGAGGAAGUGAGAAUCAAGAAACUUCCACGCCACCCGAAAGCUAACUGUCCCCACCAAGUCCCCCACGUUUCGCCAUUCCAUUGGUCAGCGUAAAGCUCCAAACCACGUGUCGUCCCCGAAGCUGCCUUUCUCAUUCCCUUGAAAACGCCACCAUGACCGCACAGUCUGAUUAAAUCAGUCCCCAUCUCCCACAGUCUCUACGCGUCUCGCCACGUGUUAAUCCCAACCUCACCAUGGUUAGCCCCUCAACCGCGGUCAACCCAUUGGUGGUUAGGAUCAACCCUUUUAUAAAGUACCAGUGAGCAGUGUCCGCCCUGCUUGGAGACGAAAUCGAAUCUCCACAAUCAUAAUUCCCCUCAACUCCUCCUUGAUUGACCUUUGUUUCUCUCCGAUUUGGGAAAAUUUUAGUCUAAUUUCUUCUGCGCGGGAGAGCUAGAAGAGAAUUCCGAUGGGGCUUUCAAACUUCCCGAGUCCGGCGGAAGGCGUUCUGCCAUUGUUGGUGGUGAACGCCGUCAUCUCGGCGGCUCUGUUGAAGAACGCGGUGAGAUCUAUGCUCCGAUUGGUAGGUGUUGUCUGGAGUAUUUCUCCGAAUGGGGACGAAGACGCUUUCCCAAUGCGGGAGGGCGCCGGAGAACGGAGGCGGGUGUCGAUAACCCAGUUUAAGAUUUUGUGCGACAGCAGGUCCGGCGUGGUCGCGGGCGCCGGAAGCGAAUGCGGAAGCCGCGACCGAUGGGGGGCUUUGACGGAGUGUUGUGUGUGCUUGUGUGGGUUCGAAGGGGAAGAGGAGGUGAGUGAGUUGUCGUGCAAGCAUUUCUUCCACAAAGGCUGUCUGGAGAAGUGGUUCGACAAGCAGCACACAUCGUGCCCUCUCUGUAGAUCUGUGCUCUGAGCAUAACCUUUUAUAGGGUUUAGUGGGUUUAAGAGAGGAAGACAUGGGUUGCUCUUGGUGGGUGUUCGUACGUGGGCGUGUGUACAUAUGUGUGUGUUGAAGUAGUGAAGAAGUAAAGAAUGAAAGAAUGAAAACACUUUCGUUGUGAUUAUUGAUUACUGCGUUACAUUUUUAAUAAAAUAUGUUUUGGGAAA